AGAUAUCUUCUAUCUGCUGGUUCACUCCCAGAUGGCCACAAUGGCCAGAACUGUGCCAAUCUGAAGCCAGGAGCCAGAAGCUUUUUCUUGGUCUCCCAUGUGAGUGCAGGGGCCCAAGGACUUGGGCCAUCUUCUAUUGCUUUCCCAGGCCAUAGCAGAGAGCUGGAUCAAAAGUGGAGCAGCCGGGACUUGAACUGAUGCUCACAUGGGAUGCCGGCACCGAAGGUGGUGGCCUUACCCACUAUGCCACAGCACCGGCCCCAGGAGAACUUUUUCUUUUAAAGAUUUAUUUUUAUUUAUUUGACAGAGUUACAGAGAGAGGUAGAAACAGAGAGAGAAAAGAGAGGUCUUCUAUCCGCUGGUUUGUUCCCCAGGUUGCCACAAUGGCCAGAGCUGAGCUGAUCUGAAGCCAGGAGCCAGGGGGUUCUUCUGGGGUCUCCCACAUUGGUGCAGGGGCCAAAGCACUUGGGCCAUCUUCCACUGAUUUCCCAGGCGCAUUGGCAGGGAGCUGGAUUGGAAGUGGAGCAGCCAGGACUCGAAACGGUGCACGUAUAGAAUGCUGGAUGCAGGCUGGGACUUUACCCUGUUGCACCACAGCACCAGCCCCCAGGAGAAAUUUUUUGAAAAUAAAAUUAAUGGAAGAAAGCAUAAAAGGAAAUAUAAGCAGAUUCAACAAAUAAAAAUGUAAAACUUUUACACACAGGAAAAUUUCAGAAAAUUCUAGAGUGCAAAACUGGGAAAAUGUUUAUUUUUAAAAUGUCUAGGGACAGGGUCAAUAUUGCUGUUACAUAAAAAGAUCCUGGAAAUCAACCAGAGAAACACAAAUGACUUGAAUAGACUUCUUGCAAAAUGUAGACUACCUGUUGGUCAGUAAAUGCAUCUUUUUUAAAAAAUUUAUUCAUUUAUUUAUUUGAGAGGUAGAGUUACAAUCAGAGAGAGGGAGAGACAGAAAGAAAGGUCUUCCAUCUGCUGGUUCACUCCCCAAAUGGUCACAAUGGCGGGAGAUGGGCCAAUCCGAAGCCAGGAGCCAGGAGCUUCUUCCGGGUCUCCCACACAGGUGCAGGAGUCCAAGGACUUGGGCCAUCUUCCACUGCUUUCCCAGGUAUAAUAGCAGGGAGCUAGAUCAGGAGUGGAGCAGCCAGGACUUAAACCAAUGUCCAUAUGGAAUACCAGUGCCUUAACCUACCACCACAGUGCCGGCCCAGUACAUGCAUUUUUAAAACCAGCCUUGCUAAUAAGAGAGAAGUGUAAAUUAAAAGAAGAUGCCAUUUUCCACUUAUUAAAUUGACAGAGAUUUAAAAAAUAGUAAUACAUUAGCAAAAAGUAUGGUGAAAUGGGCUCUCAUAUAUCAUGAUAUAUGUAGGAAAAAAAUUGGAAAUGAUUUAGUAAUAUAUAUCAAGGUUUUUGAAAUAUUCUUACGCUUUUAUCAGCAAUUUACAAAGAUUUAUAUUUAUAUACAAUGAUAUUCAUUAUAACAAUGUGCAUAACAGCAAAAAAUUGGGGAAAAAUCCAGUGUCAAAAGGGAAUGUUUAAGUUGAUCACCCUAUAAUUCAUGUGAUGAGCUAAUAAAAAAUGUUUCUGAAUGUAACAAGUCUAAAUUCUCAUUUUACAGUAAUAGUAGGAUAUAAAAUAUAUGGACAGCAAUAUAAUAGAUUUUUAAAGGAAAAUGAACAUGCCUAAUAUCAGAUUUUCUAUGCAAUAUCAAAAUAAAUUGAAUAUUAUGUGAAUAAAAAUUCCAGGCCAAAGCUAAUGAGAUAAAUUUAUUAUUAGAAAUGGAAAGGUAUGUGCUCUGGGCCCCAGAAUAAACAGGACUAACAACUAUUGCAUUUACAAUACAAGGGUUAUUUGAGUGAUAUGGCUGUAACCAAAGCAUUGUAAGGUUGCCUUGUCAGUGUUUGUGUUUAUAGUGUCCAGUGGAGGAGGAGGGGGCAGUCCGCGGCUUUCUCUGCAGGUGUAGAGCACCAAAGGCCUAAGCCUGCACGUUUCCAGCAUCUCAAGAGCUUCCUCAGCUACAGCUGGCCACAUGCAGCAGGGAGCGCAAGGGAACUGUUCUAACUGUUCUAUGUGGAACUGUAGGGGGAUCUAGGGAUGUCUAACCUGGAGAGAACAUUUGGGUGGCAAUGUAAGAGCUGAUUUCAAAUACUAUCCCAAAGAAGAGACAUGAGAUGAAUUCUGAGUGACUUUAGCAAACGGAACUGGUUCCUGGGGAGGAGUUAAAGGCUGAGGAGAUUUUUAGAGCUAUGUAAGGUGUGGCUAGGUGUUCAUCUUGCAACAUAGUGAGCUCACGGGGACAAAGAAUCUCCUUAAAGAGUGACACUGCGAGGCUUCAUUGGGCAGAAAUUGGACUGAAAGGCAUCACAUUCUAGCAUUUGCAGCAAAAUGUCUGGAACAGGAGUACAGCAUGUUAAAUAAAAUAAGUCAAGCAUGGAGACAAAUACUGCACGUUCUCACUAUAUAGGGAAGCUAAAAAAAUUGAUUUUACAGGAGAGGGAGUAGAACAGUGGUUACCAGAGACAGGGAGGAGGGGAGUAGAUGGAGAGAGGGUGAGUCAUGGGAGCAGGGGUGCACACGGUUAGGAGAAUAGCUUUUAACGUUGUACAGUACAAUAGGAUAACUCUGGCUGCAGCAGUUAAUUGAAUAUAAGUAGCUAGUACAGAGGAUUUUGGAUAUUCUCAAUUCAAUGAAGUGAUAUGUAUCUGAGAUGCUAGAGAGACCAGUUAUCCUGACCUGGUCAUUACACAUUGUAUACAUGUAUUGGAAUGUCACAUUGUACCAUAUAAAUAUAUAUAGUUCCCGUGUCCAUUAAAAAUAAAAAUGAACUUUUUAAAAAGUAGGCAUUCAAAGAUCCCUGUAGCAAGAGUCUGUAAUUCCAUCAGCGACUGAGUGGAGGCCAAGUUGGGCAGAAAACAAACACUGAAAAUUGAAUAGAUUCCUUAGGCCAGUGAUUUUCAACCUUUACUUUGCAACAAACUCAAUCUGAUGACUUGUUAAAGCAGGGAUUGGACCCACCCCCCGAGUUUCUGAGUCAGCAGGAAUGGGGAGGAUGGUCAAGAAUUUGCGUUUCCAGCACACUGCCAGGUAAUGCCCUGGCUCCUGUUGCUUCAGCAGUCACACUUUGAGAACCUCUGCCUUAGGUCAAUGAAACAAAUAGACUUAAGCUUGUAGCAUAAUGAUAUAGAAAGCCCAGCAGCAAUAAAUGGUGUGGGGAGUGGGGUGCACAUGCUAUGGGGCAACUGUCUCUCUUACCUCAGACUCUUGGGCCAUAGUGUUGAAAUGCGUGGAAUUAAAUGACAAGCUAUUUGGAGGUCCAUUCUUUCCAGACCCGUGUUUCUUCCCUGAUGAUAGGACAGCUCUAUCACCAGGCCAAGCAAAGUGGCACUGAUCAUUAAAAGUAGCUGUGGGGAGCAUGUGCUAGGUUUUCUUCUCUUUUAACUCUCUUGGACGUUGGGGAAGUUAGAAGGGCAAGGAGGAAGCUUUUGUUUUGUUGGUUAGUUGGUUAUUUUUGACAUGGCCCUAAAAAGAGACCUUCCUUUGUGAAGCAUGUUGUUAUGAUAACAUCAGAUUGUUUAUGAUGUAGGAAACUGCAUGUGGGCCCCAUAAAUUUGAUGGUAUCCCCAAUGUCUGUGGGCAGUUCUAAUGAAGAUGCCCAGCCUCUGUGGUUUUCUCCAUUCGAAGUGAGCCUCAUUUAUAUGAGUUUUCAACUAAUUGGUUUAGGAAAUAUCUGUGUUCCACCUCCUGCUGCUCUCUUCCCAGCUUAGGAAGAUGCGGAGUGUGAGCCGACUGUGUCAUGUGCUUAACACACUUUGGAGUCUGUUGCUAUGGUGCUGGGGAGAAAUCUGGUUGCCAUGGCAACAUCAGGUUGACUUGGUGCACCUUACAGCACAGGCAGAUCUUGAGCCAGGCUAAUGUGAUUUCUGGUUAAUCCAGGAGGGCUGGGCAUGAGCAGAACUGUUCCGUUUUCCCACAACCCUCCCAGUCCUUCCCACCUGCCCUUCACUCCCCCACAUUGCCAAAAUCAUCAUAGGAAUAAUAAUAAUAAAUUCACACUCCCUUUCUUUGGAAACUUACAAAAAUAAACCAGAGGAUUAGUUUAGUGUCCUCAUCAGAUGAGGAUGUCAUUUCGAGGAUGCUGAUCAUAUCUCCCCCUUCCCAAAGCCAGUCCACCCCUUGGCAUGCUGCCUGCCCCUCUAGGCCUACCCAACAAGCCUGGUUAGCUGCUUGAGGGAGGAACUGGCAGCUGCAAAGCCAGGGUCACACCCCUGAUGGCAAGUCUCUGAGCGGGACCAGGGGCAUUUGUUUUCUGCAUCUAGCUUCAUUGCAGAGGCUCGUUAGCAGCGGGCACAAAUGGACGUGGGGGCAGCCCCAGGAGAGGACACAAGUCCAGUGUGAAGACACUCCUGGAGUCCUCAUCCAAAGAGAGAAGGUGCUGGCCAUCUGUGUGUCGGGGGCAGCUGGCCUGCAGCUCUAGGUGUUUUCAUCAUCUGGACUCACUGCACAGGAGCCACUCUGACCUGAUCACUCCUAACAGGCAAGGCUCUCACUGCUCCUCACACACCGUCCUUGUGUGCACCUGUGGAAAACAUGGGUCCGUGUUUCUGUUUACACUACCGACAGAACACCAUUCAUUCAUUCAGCCAGCGUUCACCAAGCUGCUCCAUGUGCCCAGCUCUGCUCGCCACACUGCACACUGAAGAGCACAGAGAGGGGUUCUUCUCUCCUGGCCCCCACCUCCUGGUGGGGGAAACAGACGACCAGGUACUGGACGUCUGAUAGAGUGACCUGCUGCAGGGUUCCAGGGGGGGCUGCACACGGCAUGGUCUGCCAAGGCCUGUGGGGGAGUUGUGGAAGUUGCAGGGGAGCCUGCCCAGGCAGAAAGGGAAGGCCAGGGUUGCACACGCCGCUCCGGGAAGGGAUGCCGGGGAGGAAGCUGGGGUCGAUCCAGUCCGUAUCUGUAGGGCUUGUGGGCUAUGAGGAGGGACCAGACUUUGAAUGAUGGAUGUGGGAACUGCUGAAAGUAUUGCAGAAGGGAAGCGGCAGAAUCAGAUUUGUGUUUUUAAAAUCCAUCCAUCUGCCUGUUAACAUUAUUGAAUCUCAUGUUCCUUGUGCCUUUCCAUUGGUGGCUGUCUUGGUCCAUUUUCUGUUGUGUGUGUACCUGAACACCAGAGCCUGGGGUAGUUUAUAAAGAGUAGAGGUUUAUGCAGGUCAUGGUUCCAGUGGCCAGAAGGUCCAAGAGCAUGGUGCUGGCAUCUAGUUUUGGCUUCUUGCUGCUUCAAAACAAGGAGGUGGCGCCACGUGGUGACAGAGCAAGUGUGUGUCUCUGCCUCUUUGAAAGCCACCAGUCCUGUUGAGGGCACUCCAUCCUGACAGCCCUGUCCAAUCCCAGUGACCUCCAAGCACUGUCAAUGUAUGAAAUGAGGGAUUGAGCUUCAGCUUGAGUUUUGCAGAAGACAUUCAAGACAGGGCAGUGGAGAGUAAGAAAAGCUAUUUUCCAGUCCUUGUGUCCUUGAAGACAGGUUACAAGCCACACCACCUCCUUUCUCUCAUGCCCAGUAAACUCAGUCCCAUGUUCCUUCUCUUGUGCGUGGUGAACUUCAUGAGGCCAACCUUCAGGGAGUAUUCCAGGUUCCUUUGUCAUAGCCUUCUAGAGUGGGCAGCACCUCGGAUGUCACCAGAUACAGCCCUUAUUUGAUAGAUGGGGGUACUGGGUUGCCAAAAUGGUGAUGUGCCUGGGCUCACACAGCUCAUCAGGGGCUGGGCCUCUGGUACUGGAACCCAGCACCUGCCCCACUCCCUACCCCAUGCCCCUGAGUAGUGGUCUUCCCAUGUGCACUUGGACUUACCAGAACUCAGCUUUAUGUUCUCUCCCUUUUCUAAUUAUUCUUCUCUGCCUUCCUCUGGGCCCUACCAUUCUUCCCUAGGAUGCUAGAAUUUUCUAGUCUUAGAAUGUUGAUUAUGAUAUUUGGGAAAUUUAGCCAUCAUUUUUGGUUCUGCUGAGGUUUUUAUUGUGGUAGCAGUUGUUAUUUUUCCUGCCGUCUGCUUCUGUGUUACUUGUGGCUCCCACUGGGGCCCUCCUAAAUUCCCCAUGCCUUCCUAAACCCUGCUUAUUUUCUCAUGAUUGGGAAUUGGGUGUUGAUGUUUGUUCAUUGACAACUGUGUGCACCGGGCUGAUGUGUCGGGGCGGGGGCAGCCAGAACAUGGCCUUCAAGGUCACGUACCCUCCGCCUGCACAAAGCCUGCACUGCCUAUAGUAUGUUGCCCUUCUAUUGUGGUGCCCAGUCAUGGGUGGGCAUUCAGCAAGGAUGGCUUUCCUACUCCUUGGUCUUGACAGAAUGGUCAGGGUGCCCCCCCUGCCCCCACAGCUGACACCCACAGGUAGGGUCCUACCUUCAUGAUUUGCCCUUCCCUCUCUGUCCACUGCAGAGCAGGGCCCCUGUGCCAUCCAUUUAGCAGUCAAAGAAUCUUAUCUUAGAGAUAAGCUUCAAGAGUGACACAUUAGCAUUAGGUGACUAAAAAACCAUCUCCCAUCAAUGUGAACCUUGCCCAUCCAAAGGCAUGACUGAAAAAGCAAACAACAAGCUGAGACACAUUUCCUCAGUCUCAAAGUUGUGCAUCCAUUAGAAGCUGGCACUGCACGUGCACGGUGGGACCAGUGGCAGGAAGCCUGCGUUUGCCAGUGUUAUCUCGGAUCAGCCCUGAUAUAAGAUAGUGUUUCCAUUUAUGAACAGUGCCUUAACCCUUACAAAUACUCUUGGGGAUGAGAGUAUCAGCCUAAUUUUCAGACAGAGAGACCAGGAUAAAUGAUUCAUCUGUGGGCUGGGAAAAGUCAGCUGGAAACCAAGCACCUGUCCUGGGCUCACUCCUUGUAUGCUGUCUGGCUGGGCUGCCACAGUGGGGCUGGGCUAUACCUAUGCUGGGCAAAGGCAGGGCUUGGCAAAUGAAGCACGGGGCUGUGGCUCAGUGGAAUGAGCCUGACUUGGGUGGUAGAAGAAGUGCGUUCUAUGUCUGGCCUGGGUCCCAGUACAGAUGAACCUUUAGCUUUCUUACUCCAAAGCGGAGGAGCCUGAUGAGAGGUCAUCAAGGGCACCUUGUGCUGGGCAGUUGUCCCACCGGAUGUUCCCAGAUGGACACAUGUUUCCUUUCUGAGGUCAACUUCCCAGUUAUAGUCACCUGUGGAUUCCGUGGCCCCUACAGAUGCUUUUUUACCAUUGUUGUUGUUGUCAUUGAACUGAAUCCGUGUCUUAGUAGGGAUUUUUUUGAAAGUCAGUUACACACAGAGAGAAGCAGAGGCAGAUAGAGAGAGAGAGACAGACAGACAGACAGAGAGAGGUCUUCCAUCCACUGGUUCACUCCCCAGUUGGCUGCAACAGGCAGAACUGUGCAGAUCCAAAACAAGGAGCCAGGAGCUUCUUCCAGGUCUUCCACAUGGAUGCAGGAGCCCAAGGACUUGGGCCAUCUUCUACUGCUUUCCCAGACCAUAGCAGAGAGCUGCAUCAGAAAUGGAGCAGCUGGGACUUGAACUGGCACCCAUAUGGGAUGCUGGCACUGCAGACAGUAGCGUAAAGCUACUGGGUAAACCACAGCGCCAGCCCCAGGGAUAUUUUUAAUAUAUCAACCUAAGGAUAAUUUUUAUCUCUUUUUUAAUGAUUUAUUUUUAUUAAUUUAUUUGAGAGGCAGAGUGGCAGAGAGAGUAGGAGAGAUAGAGAGAUCUUCCAUCUUCUAGUUCACUCCCCAAAUGGCAACAAUGGAUGGGGCUGAAACCAGAAGCUUGGAGCUUCAUUGGGGUCAUCCAUGUGGGUGCAGAGGCCCAAGCACUUGGACCAUCUUCCACUGUGCUCUCAGGCACAUUAGCAAGGAGCUGGAUCAGAAUGCUAGGACUUGAACUUGUGCCUAUAUGGGAUUCUGGCAUUGUAGGUGGUGGCUUAACCUACUAUACCACAAUGUCAAUGUUGGCCCUUUGGUAGUCUUUCUAACAGUAAUGCUAUCAUCAACAAAAAGUCUUUACUUCUACCCCACUCCUGCCCAGGCCUAUUGCAUUGCCGAAUGCUGGACAUUGGCUGAGGCCACUGGAUAGAGAGCUGUCUUCUUCUCCAGGGAUGAAUCCAGUGAGGACCUUACAGGCAAGGGUGGAAGAAGAUCCAAGCAACCUAGAAAACUGUCAGAGAAGAACAAGAGGGAAAGGGGGCAAAAGUGGACUGAGCAGGGCUUGUGUGGUACGCUUCACCAUCGCCAGCACUGAGCACAGGGCCUGGCCCAGCAGGUGUUGCAUGAAUGUUUCUUGACUUGCCACAGUUGCUUGGGUAGGAGUAACAGCUGAGCUAAAGGCCAGAGUGGCCCCUCCAAUGCCCACCACUACUUGGGGCAUGGUGUCCUUCUGCCCUUAGAAAGCACACUGCCACGGAGAGCAGAGUGCACUGGGUCAGAAUGCAGGGUGGAGACCUACUGUGUGACUCGGGGCAAGGCCUUGGACUCUGAGCCUGCAUCUGUAGGGACAGCCACCCUUCCUUCUCAGCAAUGUGAGUACAUGAUACCCAUGUGGGCACCUGCUGUGGGGGAGGAUGGGGAAACAGAGUCAGGGUGAAGUCUUACCUGCUUUUGUGUCUCCAGCAUGUGAUACAGAGCUGGCACUUAGGAGGUUCUCAACAAAAAAUGAGAGGGUGGUUGGCUGGAUGAAUAGCUAGGGGAAGUGGCAUAGAUAUACAGAGAAAUGUACAAGGAGUGCUCUGGGUGCUGCUGAAGAUAAACUUCACUUGCUGCCAACGGGUUGUCCUGCCUUUUUGUAACAGGCCAGGGCACUAUGCCUUACUGUGCUGUGCUGUGUCAGUCAGUCCACAGGAACCCUCUUGCUUGGGGAGGAGUGUGGAAGGUAGACCAAGGCAAGGGCACCCUGGACUCUACUUCUCUGGGUCAAACGACCCUACACCCAGAAGCAUUUGUCCCAGGCACACCUUUCUGUACAGAAAUCCCCAGCCUCCACCUGCUUUAACAGAGGCCGUGGGAGGUGGGGGCCCUCCCAGAGCCAGCCCAGGGCAUGCUCCGCCCCCUGUCUGCCUGGCUGGAGAGGAUGACAGUAAUCACAGAGGCCAUCUUCUGGCCUUUUCUGCCUGCCCACCUGCUGCUGCUGCUGUUGUCACGUUCUGUACUCCACUGCCAUCCUCCCCUGCACUGGAGCCUGCAUCUUGGCAGCCCUGGGGUAAUAAUUAGGGGUGGGGCAGCUCCCCAGCUGGUGUGAUAUUUGAGGAGGGGCCUGUAGGAGAAAGGAGAACUGGGAUCCAGCCAACAAAAGGAGAAAUUAAAGGGGCUGUCCUGGGAACCCACAGUUAGCAUUUAAACUGCAGCAUUAGUUGUGGGUUUCACCCAAGAAGCAGGGCUUCAGGGAGGGCUCAGUGGCCUCCCCCUCCCUGGCCCCCUCCUGUUGUGAGUAGGAUUGAUUCUGGCAAACUGGGAAGAGCCUCAGCAGAAAGGCUGAGAUGUGAUAUCAUGCCCAGGCUCAGGGAGCCAGGCGCGGGUCUUCUAUGCAGUGUGAGGACAAACAGCAACAGAACACCAGUGAACCCUGAACCACCAGCAAGGCCGGGGGUGCCAUCUGCUCCCAGUGCUUGAGGAACUUACUGUCUUAUCCAACGUGGUUUGCAGUGUGCGCCAUGCAUGUGGUCUGCAGAUCACUGGUGUGUCUGUGAGCUUUAGGUCCCUAAUGCAGAGGGAUUCCAAUUGUUUCAUAGACUGUUGGUGCUGUUGAAACUUCCACUUUGAUUGUGAAGAGACAACUAGGAAAGACGGAAAAAACACUCGACAGCGACAGAUACUGUACAUGGAGCACAUGCUCCGUUCCUUACUCCAUGCAAUCAUCUUGCACACUGAAAAGGAACGAGUGGAAUAUCUCUUUCUCAUAAUUUUUACUGUGGAAGCAUUUUUAAAAGUAAUAGCCUAUGGACUUCUGUUUCACCCCAACGCUUACCUCCGCAAUGGCUGGAAUUUACUAGACUUUAUAAUUGUGGUUGUAGGGCUUUUUAGUGCAAUUUUAGAACAAGCAACCAAAGCAGACGGGGCCAAUGCCCUAGGAGGGAAAGGGGCUGGAUUCGACGUGAAGGCGCUGAGGGCUUUCCGCGUGCUGCGCCCCCUGCGGCUGGUGUCUGGAGUCCCGAGUCUCCAGGUGGUCCUGAACUCCAUCAUCAAGGCCAUGGUCCCUCUGCUGCACAUUGCCCUGCUAGUGCUGUUUGUCAUCAUCAUCUAUGCCAUCAUCGGCCUGGAGCUCUUCAUGGGGAAGAUGCACAAGACAUGCUACAACCAGGAGGGUGUAGCAGAUGUCCCAGCAGAAGAUGAUCCUUCCCCUUGUGCUCUGGAGACGGGCCACGGGCGGCAGUGCCAGAACGGCACCGUGUGCAAGCCUGGGUGGGAUGGACCCAAGCACGGCAUCACCAACUUUGACAAUUUUGCUUUCGCCAUGUUGACGGUGUUCCAGUGUAUCACCAUGGAGGGCUGGACCGACGUGCUGUACUGGGUCAAUGAUGCCGUAGGAAGGGACUGGCCCUGGAUCUAUUUUGUUACACUAAUCAUCAUAGGGUCAUUUUUUGUACUUAACUUGGUUCUCGGUGUUCUUAGCGGAGAGUUUUCCAAAGAGAGGGAGAAGGCCAAAGCUCGGGGAGAUUUCCAGAAGUUGCGGGAGAAGCAGCAGCUGGAAGAGGACCUCAAAGGCUACCUGGACUGGAUCACUCAGGCAGAAGACAUCGACCCUGAGAAUGAGGAUGAAGGCAUGGAUGAGGAGAAACCCCGAAACAGAGGCACUCCAGCGGGCUUGCAUGCCCAGAAGAAAGGGAAGUUUGCUUGGUUUAGUCACUCCACAGAGACCCAUGUGAGCAUGCCCACAAGUGAGACCGAAUCUGUCAACACUGAAAACGUGGCUGGAGGUGACAUCGAAGGAGAAAACUGCGGGGCCAGGCUGGCCCACCGGAUCUCCAAGUCGAAAUUCAGCCGCUACUGGCGCCGGUGGAAUAGGUUCUGCAGGAGAAAGUGCCGCGCAGCGGUCAAGUCGAACGUCUUCUACUGGCUGGUGAUCUUCCUGGUCUUCCUGAACACGCUCACCAUUGCCUCUGAGCACUACAACCAGCCCCACUGGCUCACGGAGGUCCAAGACACGGCCAAUAAGGCUCUACUGGCCCUGUUCACUGCCGAGAUGCUGCUGAAGAUGUACAGCCUGGGCCUGCAGGCCUAUUUCGUGUCCCUCUUCAACCGCUUCGACUGCUUCAUUGUGUGCGGGGGCAUCCUGGAGACCAUCCUGGUGGAGACCAAGGUCAUGUCCCCCCUGGGCAUCUCUGUGCUGAGAUGCGUGCGGCUCCUGAGAAUAUUCAAAAUUACAAGGUACUGGAACUCCUUGAGCAACCUGGUGGCCUCCCUGCUGAACUCGGUGCGCUCCAUCGCCUCCCUGCUCCUGCUCCUCUUCCUCUUCAUCAUCAUCUUCUCCCUGCUGGGGAUGCAGCUGUUUGGAGGCAAGUUCAACUUCGAUGAGAUGCAGACCCGGAGGAGCACGUUCGACAAUUUCCCGCAGUCCCUGCUCACCGUGUUUCAGAUCCUGACCGGGGAGGACUGGAAUUCGGUGAUGUAUGAUGGGAUCAUGGCUUAUGGCGGCCCCUCUUUUCCAGGGAUGUUAGUCUGUAUUUACUUCAUCAUCCUCUUCAUCUGUGGAAAUUAUAUCCUACUGAAUGUGUUCUUGGCCAUUGCUGUGGACAACCUGGCUGAUGCUGAGAGCCUUACUUCUGCCCAAAAGGAAGAGGAAGAAGAGAAGGAGAGAAAGAAGCUGGCCAGGACUGCCAGCCCGGAGAAGAAACAAGAGGUGGUAGGGAAGCCGGCCCUGGAGGAGGCCAAGGAGGAGAAAAUUGAGCUGAAAUCCAUUACAGCUGAUGGAGAGUCCCCGCCUACCACCAAGAUCAACAUGGAUGACCUCCAGCCCAAUGAGAGUGAGGAUAAGAGUCCCUACCCCAACCCGGAAACCACAGGAGAAGAGGAUGAGGAGGAGCCUGAGAUGCCUGUCGGCCCCCGCCCUCGGCCACUCUCCGAGCUGCACCUUAAGGAGAAGGCCGUGCCUAUGCCAGAAGCCAGUGCGUUUUUCAUCUUCAGCCCCAACAACAGGUUCCGCCUCCAGUGUCACCGUAUCGUCAACGACACGAUCUUCACCAACCUGAUCCUCUUCUUCAUUCUGCUCAGCAGCAUUUCCCUGGCUGCCGAGGACCCUGUGCAGCACACCUCCUUCAGGAAUCACAUUCUGUUUUAUUUUGACAUUGUUUUUACUACCAUUUUCACCAUUGAAAUUGCUCUCAAGAUGACUGCGUAUGGGGCCUUCCUGCACAAGGGCUCUUUCUGCAGGAACUACUUCAACAUCCUGGACCUGCUGGUGGUCAGCGUGUCCCUCAUCUCCUUCGGCAUCCAGUCCAGCGCGAUCAAUGUCGUGAAGAUCUUGCGAGUGCUGCGAGUGCUCAGGCCACUGCGGGCCAUCAACAGGGCCAAGGGGCUAAAGCACGUGGUUCAGUGUGUGUUCGUGGCCAUCCGGACCAUUGGGAACAUCGUGAUUGUCACCACGCUGCUGCAGUUCAUGUUCGCCUGCAUCGGAGUCCAGCUCUUCAAGGGGAAGCUGUACACCUGUUCAGACAGUUCCAAACAGACUGAGGCUGAAUGCAAGGGUAACUACAUCACCUACAAAGAUGGAGAGGUUGACCAUCCCAUCAUCCAGCCGCGCAGCUGGGAGAACAGCAAGUUUGACUUUGACAACGUCCUGGCAGCCAUGAUGGCCCUCUUCACUGUCUCCACCUUCGAGGGCUGGCCAGAGCUGCUGUACCGCUCCAUCGACUCCCACACGGAAGACAAGGGCCCUAUCUACAACUACCGAGUGGAGAUCUCCAUCUUCUUCAUCAUCUACAUCAUCAUCAUCGCCUUCUUCAUGAUGAACAUCUUCGUGGGUUUCGUCAUUGUCACCUUCCAGGAGCAGGGGGAGCAGGAGUACAAGAACUGUGAGCUGGACAAGAACCAGCGGCAGUGCGUGGAAUAUGCCCUCAAGGCCCGGCCCCUGCGGAGGUACAUCCCCAAGAACCAGCACCAGUACAAAGUGUGGUACGUGGUCAACUCCACCUACUUUGAGUACCUGAUGUUCGUCCUCAUCCUGCUCAACACCAUCUGCUUGGCCAUGCAGCACUACGGCCAGAGCUGCCUGUUCAAAAUCGCCAUGAACAUCCUCAACAUGCUCUUCACCGGCCUCUUCACCGUGGAAAUGAUCCUGAAGCUCAUUGCCUUCAAACCCAAGGGUUACUUUAGUGAUCCCUGGAAUGUUUUUGACUUCCUCAUCGUAAUUGGCAGCAUAAUUGACGUCAUUCUCAGUGAGACUAAUCACUAUUUCUGUGAUGCAUGGAAUACAUUUGACGCCUUGAUUGUUGUGGGUAGCAUUGUUGAUAUAGCGAUCACCGAGGUACACCCAGCUGAACAUACCCAAUGCUCUCCCUCUAUGAACGCAGAGGAGAACUCCCGCAUCUCCAUCACCUUCUUCCGCCUGUUCCGGGUCAUGCGCCUGGUCAAGCUGCUGAGCCGCGGGGAGGGCAUCCGGACGCUGCUGUGGACCUUCAUCAAGUCCUUCCAGGCCCUGCCCUAUGUGGCUCUUCUGAUCGUAAUGCUGUUCUUCAUCUAUGCUGUGAUCGGGAUGCAGGUGUUUGGGAAAAUCGCCCUGAACGACACCACGGAGAUCAACCGGAACAACAACUUCCAGACCUUCCCCCAAGCUGUGCUGCUCCUCUUCAGGUGUGCCACGGGGGAGGCUUGGCAGGAUAUCAUGCUGGCCUGCAUGCCAGGCAAGAAGUGUGCCCCAGAGUCUGAGCCCCACAACAGCACAGAAGGGGAGACCCCCUGCGGCAGCAGCUUCGCCGUCUUCUACUUCAUCAGCUUCUACAUGCUUUGUGCCUUCCUGAUCAUCAAUCUCUUUGUAGCUGUCAUCAUGGACAACUUUGACUACCUGACAAGGGACUGGUCAAUCCUUGGUCCCCACCAUCUGGAUGAAUUUAAAAGAAUCUGGGCAGAGUAUGACCCUGAAGCCAAGGGUCGUAUCAAACACCUGGAUGUGGUGACCCUCCUCCGGCGGAUUCAGCCCCCACUGGGUUUUGGGAAGCUGUGCCCUCACCGUGUGGCUUGCAAACGCCUGGUCUCCAUGAACAUGCCUCUGAACAGUGACGGGACGGUCAUGUUCAACGCCACCCUGUUUGCCCUGGUCAGGACAGCUCUGAGGAUCAAAACAGAAGGAAACCUGGAACAAGCCAAUGAGGAGCUGCGGGCCAUCAUCAAGAAGAUCUGGAAGCGGACCAGCAUGAAGCUGCUGGACCAAGUGGUGCCCCCUGCAGGCGAUGAUGAGGUCACAGUCGGCAAGUUCUACGCUACCUUCCUGAUCCAAGAGUACUUCCGGAAAUUCAAGAAGCGCAAAGAGCAAGGGCUUGUGGGCAAGCCCUCCCAGAGGAAUGCCCUUUCCCUGCAGGCUGGCCUGCGCACUCUGCACGACAUCGGGCCUGAGAUCCGACGGGCCAUCUCCGGAGACCUGACAGCUGAGGAAGAGCUGGACAAGGCCAUGAAGGAGGCUGUGUCUGCUGCCUCUGAAGAUGACAUCUUCAGGAGGGCCGGUGGCCUGUUUGGCAACCAUGUCAGCUACUACCAAAGUGACAGCCGGAGCGCCUUCCCCCAGACCUUCACUACGCAGCGCCCACUGCACAUCAGCAAGGCUGGCAACAACCAAGGCGACACCGAGUCACCCUCCCACGAGAAGCUGGUGGACUCCACUUUCACCCCCAGCAGCUACUCGUCCACCGGCUCCAACGCCAACAUCAACAAUGCCAACAACACUGCCCUGGGCCGCCUCCCCCGCCCCGCCGGCUACCCCAGCACAGUCAGCACUGUGGAGGGCCACGGGUCCCCCUUGUCUCCUGCCGUCCGGGCACAGGAGGCAGCAUGGAAGCUCAGCUCCAAGAGAUGCCACUCCCAGGAGAGCCAGAUAGCCAUGGCGUGUCAGGAGGGCGCAUCCCAGGACGACAACUACGACGUGAGGAUCGGUGAAGAUGCAGAGUGCUGCAGUGAGCCCAGCCUGCUCUCCACAGAGAUGCUCUCCUACCAGGAUGACGAAAACCGACAACUGGCGCCCCCGGAGGAGGAGAAGCGGGACAUCAGGCUGUCUCCAAAGAAGGGUUUCCUGCGCUCCGCAUCACUGGGUCGAAGGGCUUCCUUCCACCUGGAGUGUCUGAAGCGGCAGAAGAAUCAAGGGGGAGACAUCUCUCAGAAGACAGUCCUGCCCCUGCAUCUGGUCCACCACCAGGCAUUGGCAGUGGCGGGCCUGAGUCCCCUCCUGCAGAGAAGCCAUUCCCCCACCUCGCUCCCUAGGCCCUGUGCCACGCCCCCUGCCACACCGGGCAGCCGAGGCUGGCCCCCACAGCCCAUCCCCACCCUGCGGCUGGAGGGGGCCGACUCCAGUGAGAAACUCAACAGCAGCUUCCCGUCCAUCCACUGCGGCUCAUGGUCUGGGGAGAACAGCCCCUGCAGAGGGGACAGCAGCGCCGCCCGGAGAGCCCGGCCCGUCUCCCUCACUGUGCCCAGCCAGGCUGGGGCCCAGGGGAGACAGUUCCAUGGCAGCGCCAGCAGCCUGGUGGAAGCGGUCUUGAUUUCCGAAGGACUGGGGCAGUUUGCUCAAGAUCCCAAGUUCAUCGAGGUCACGACCCAGGAGCUGGCUGACGCCUGCGAUCUGACCAUAGAGGAGAUGGAGAACGCGGCCGACGACAUUCUCAGCGGGGGCGCCCGGCAGAGCCCCAAUGGCACCCUGUUACCCUUUGUGAACCGCAGGGACCCGGGCCGGGACAGAGCGGGGCAGAACGAGCAGGACGCGAGCGGCGCAUGCGCCCCAGGGUGCGGGCAGAGCGAGGAGGCCCUCGCGGACCGCAGGGCCGGCGUCAGCAGCCUGUAGGCGCCAGGGCCGGGGGUGCGGGUUUUUUAUUUGUCUCAAUGUUCCUAAUGGGUUCGUUUCAGAAGUGCCUCACUGUUCUCGUGACCUGGAGUUAACCGGAACAGCGUCUUCAUUCAUUUCUGUUGGGACGAGACGCAGGCUGGGAGGUGUGGAGCCCUCUGUGUCCGCAGAGGCGAGGAGGGGGCGGCGGCCGCGGGAAGGGGAGAGACCCGCCCUCGAGCUCUGCUCCAGGCGCGCCCCGGGCGGGAAAGAGAACCUCAGCUUUCUGCGGUGGCCCUCGCUCGCCAAAAGGACCCUGAACCAAACGGGUGUCUUUCAACUUUGCUUGUAAAAAAAAAAAAAUCAUUUGCACAUAUUCUGUAUGAGCCUCACUGUCUCCAUAGAGCCGGGCCCUGUGGACUGGGAGAAGGGCGCAGGGCAGGACUCGCGGCGAGGACCCCAGCGCGCCCAAGAGGGGCAAAGACGCGCAGGAGGCUGCGGAGCGGGAGCGGAGAGCGGGGCAGCCUCGAAGCUCCGCGCCGCGCCCGGGGUUGUCGGGGGCGCUGCCCGGCCCACGCCCACCGCGUCGCGCUCCGCACCCGCAGCUGCUCGUGAGGGGAGGCGCGUCGCUGUGCUGCGCGGCAGCCGCGGUCGCGGGGUCCGGGCCGCCAGCGCGCAGCCUGACCAGGUGGUGCUGCGCUUCCGUCGAGCGCUGUUUUGUUUGGUGAUUUGCCAUGUUUUUGACAGCAUGUUGCGGUUUUCAGUUUUUUUUUUUUUUAAUCGUUAUCAUUGUUUUCCCAGGAUGAGGGGAGAAAGAAGAGCGUUUAUAAAUUUUGCGGCUACCCAUCUUCCUGCUUUCACUUUUGCAUAUGUAAAUCUGGCUUGGUUUUAUUGUAUUAUUUAAAGGCUGUGGGUUCCUUUUCCCAUGGAGAGAGGGUUCCAUAGAAGCCGCUGUGGGAGUUUUACCAGCCAUUGUGUAUGCCCCCAAAUUUGUUACCGUUUCCUGGGGUAGUAACGGUUUUUUUCUUUUUUCUUUUUUCCUGGUUUGGUUGCGAUUUAUAAUUUAAAGGUAAUUGGCAAUGCACUUGAUACGGUCUUGCACAUAUGGGUGAUUGAGUUGGGUUCUGUUUUAUGCUGGGUGUUUGGUGGGUGCAGAAGAGCGGCAGCAUGUCUAGGGGUGUCUGCGUGUAUGCGUGCGUGGGUUGUGUGCGUGUGGAUGUGCACCCACACAGCGUGCCCGGACACACAGGUGACCACGCGCUUCCUUCUGGUUUAACUGCGAGGAGGUCAGAAUGUGGGGCCAUUUGAAAGCAAGAACAAACCACUGUCUCUACUUCUGAAACGGGAAUCAGUAACUCUGCAUCUUCUGUCCCACAAGAUAUGCAAAAACAAUGCAAUAAUAUUCAUUUUAAAAAUACAAUUGUGAGUUGUGUUGGCAUUAACUGUAUUUAAACAAAACAAAUUUAAGGGAAAAAAAGAAGGCAUUUUGCUUCAAUAUAUUCCGUGUAACGUUUUAUUGCAUUGAUAAUGUUUCUGUUGAAGAAACUGUUAUACUUGAAUUCAGGUCAGUUUCAGUAUUUUUCACAUAUUUUUUUAAAACUGAAUUGCAAUUGUGCCAAGCGAAUAUAAUGAAUUGAAUUAAGUUUGUUUUUGAAUUCACUUCUUGUAUGUUUUGCUGCAUGUAAAGUAAAUAAUUUUGUAUUUGGAGUGUGACAAGCUUUACCUUUGAACUCAGAAGUGCUUUUCUAUAUUUGGCUGGGGGAAGGGAACUCUUCAUUUGUGCCAUGAGCAAAGGUAUUGCCGAUGUAAGUCUUCAUUCUGCUCUGCACCAACAGGUCUGGCCAUCACUGCUUUGCAUAUCUUGUGUUUGCCUCCAUUUCCCUCAGUUCUUCCUGAAUCACAAGAUAAGUAGGUUCAGAACACAUCUCACUUAGAGAGACCAGGGCAUGGCUGAUUCCACUCUUCACUCUGUCCACUGCUCUGCUUCUUGGAUUUGCAACUCCCAGAGCAGCCCGUCCCCGUGUGCUACACAGUGGCAUUCUGAUUGGCUUCUUUGUCCCUGGGCUGGUGUCUGCACCCCUACAGAAGAGUUGGUUUCCUUUAUACAGUGCCCACUGACUGAGAGCAUGAAAUCAAAGCCAGGCUGGAUGGCCGGGAGCGGCUCCUUUGCUUUUUGACCACUGCUCUUCUCACACACAGCAGGGCCUAGAGAAAGUCACCUGGGUGAAACCUUGGUUCACCAGAAGUCACCGCGAUGUGCUCACUUCUCAUUGCUUCCUCCUCAUGCAGCAGGACUGUCUCCAGGCCCACCCUAACUUACGUGGCAGCUGUGGAGGGGACCUGGACAGGGGGAGGAGGCAUCAGGAGCUCACAGUGGAAACAGAUUUAGUGGGGCUAUGUCUUAUGCCCAUUUACAUAGACUGAGGACAUCAUCCGAUUGUUGCUAUGUCCUUCAGAUAUAUUUCAACCAUGCUGGUUGAAAUGUAACAGAUUUGCGGGACAUAGGCCUCAAUGAUUCACCAAGAAAUUACCCACUGAAUCUCUUCCAUUGCCAGUGUUCUGGUAACACUUUUUGGCACAUCUACAAGCAAGCUAGAAAUUAAAAUAGUGGACAGUCUGUUCCUCAGUAAAGAUGAGCUGCAUUGCCAUAGACUGAUUCAUGGUAAAGCACAGAUAAUCCCAAGUUGACAUAAGUUCUAGAAACAGUUUCCUCGUGGUUCUCCAUGCCCAGUCCACCCACACUUUCAUGAUUCCUUCUCAGUGCUGUUAAGGCCUUCCAGAAGUUAAGGUUAGCUGUCGUCCUUGGCCCAAUUUCCUGAAACUUCUACCACUGUGCUGUGAAGACUUUAAUGACAUUGGAGAGGAGGCUCUCCUGGGACAUCUGGUUCCUGCUGUGCAUUUGGCUCCUACCUUGGAAUGUGGAAUUUUGAUUGACCCAACACACAUACACGUUCACUCAACCUUUUCAUGCUGCCUUCUCUUUCUUUAGAACUUUUCAUCUGCAUCCACAAGGCUCCGUAGCAUAGACUACAGGCUGUGCUUGUGCCAGCUCCUCCUAGGGACCUGCCCAGCAGGAUUCCCUGCAGCACUCACACCCACUGCCUUCCUUCUCCUUGAUGGUCACCACUGGCAAGAAGAUCAGAGCAGCCCUCAUCCCUGCACUGCGCAUGAUUGGCAUGAGCAGGGACGAGGGCACACUUGCCCUCUACUGCUGGAGAGGUAGGGGAGUGCAGACAGAAGUUCCCUUUCUAGAGCACUGGGGCUUUCCUGGGCUGACCCCAUGGUGAUGCGGGCCAUGAUGACAGUGGUACUAGCAGUAGUGGAAUCAGCAAACCAUAUCCACCAUGUACUGAGUGAUGUUUCCUUAACCCUGAGAUGGGAUUCUCUCCAGGACCUUGUUAACACAGUCAUCGCCUCUUCAAUAGGCCUUCCCGACCACCCCUGAGUGGUGGGAGAGAAGCAGUCUGUGGCUGAGGACCAUGAGUCUUGAAGAAGUGCAGUUUGAAAAACUUAGUUUUUAUUUGUCCUCUCAACAGCCAUGCAUCUUUUAUUUUCACACCUCAGUCUUUCCAUAGUUAUUCGUGUGCCUGGCCAUGUUAAGCAGAAAGAUUUUCCACUGUCUCUUUUCCACCUGUUCUUGAAAGCUUCUUUUUUUGUUGGGGCACAAAGAGCUUUCUCUGUAGGUUUUGGUUUGAUUCAUAAGUUUGUUCCUGCCUGGAUUCAGAAACUAUUGGGUAUUUUCCCUUCCAUCUUCUUAGCAUGAUAGGCUUCUGUCUGACUGGGAGAACCAAAAGCAAAGGAGCAAGGCCAACUCUUUUGACCUCCCAUGUUUCUAUGGGUCCAAAUGCCAGGUGCUGGUUGAGAGUGAAGCUGCCUGCCAUUUCCUCAUGGUCAUUCUCUACCCAGAACAUUCCUGCCCAUCUGGCUGCUGAUGGCAGGGCAAACACAGAAGUAUAUGAAGGCACUUCCAAAAGUUCGUAAAAAAUGUAUUAAAAGAAAAGUUUAUUUUGUGUAAAAAAUUUUGAAAUGCAAGUGUAUGAGGGAUCUUCAACAAGUAUGCAGAAACUGCAUAUUAUGAAAAAACUAUGCAUGGGGUUUUCUUUGAACCAAAAAUAAAUUUAUUGUUUAAAUUCUGUUAAAAUCUGAGAACUUCUGGAAGAGCUUUCAUAUGUUUCAGUGCCAAAGUUAGUGUCACUCCGAUGAACAAGAUGGAGAUGACAUGUUUGGAAGUCAUCACCAGGGUGACGGCUGUUUCACAGAGGAGGAAAGGGUACACCCAUUCCUCCUGAAGGCAGAGAAGUGAAACAAGGUUGGCUGUAGGGCAGAGCUCUGGUGUUUAGUCCUUUUAGCCUCAUCAAACCAUAAUCAUACACGUGGCUAAAAGGAUAGUGGCAUCUCUACCCCUAGAGGCCUAGAAUAAUUGAAAUAGGUUGUCUAGGAGUUAGUUUAUCAAAGAGACUGGAAGAACUCUUUAAGCCCUUGGGAAGUAAAAGACAUGCUGAUAUUGAGUCUAGACUGAUUCUGAUUGUUGUUUCUUUUUUAUGUGUUUGUUUGAGAGAGUUGAGAGUCAAUGGAUAGAAAAAGAGAGAGCUCCCAUCUACUAGUUCCCACAAGGGCCAGGACUGGGCCAGGCAAAAGCUGGGAGCUGGAAACUCAAUCCAGGUCUCCUACAUGGCAGGUGCUCAUCAUGGCUGAGUCAGCAUCCCCAGCUGGGAAUCAAACCCAGGUACUGUGAUGUAAGAUGCAGCAUUUUUACCACUAGCCCACCCCUGACUGCAAUUUUAAAAGCAGACCUGGCUCUAGUGACAACUGAGAGGCCUGGAGGACAAACGGGGAAUAUUUUGACUCCCUGUGGGCCUGUUUCCAUUUUAUGGAGAGCAAUGUCCACUUCAGCGGCCCAUAGUGAGCAGUGUGGUAGAGGCUAGUGCCUCAUGGAUUUACUUUGGACAAUGACAACAAUGAAAUCUCCCUCCACCCUGGCCUGGCAGGUGUCUGCUGUGCAUGCCGCAUGCACCCCCUCAGGUUACCCAGCAAGCAGCUUGAACCAGGUUCCUGUCAGAAGCAGCAGGGAACCUCCAGUCUGGCUCAUGGUGCAGCUCUCAGUCCCCAAAGUCCUGGCUUUCCACAGCUGCAUUUUGAAGAGAGAGGGAGUAUUUCAAAAACAUUUGUGGAAAAUGAAAAUAUAAGCAGAGUUUGUUUUGGUGUAAAAAAUUUUGAAAUCUAUGCAUAGUUUCUUUUCAUAAUACAGAUUUUCCAUGAAUAGAAGAAUAAGAAUUAGAAGACCCAUCUUAUAAGGGAAGAAGCAUUGUAUGCUUGGGUGUGUGUGUAGGGGGGGAUUUGUCUCCUCCCUAAGAGUUUGGUCUCUUCCUGCCUCCUUCCAGCCCUGAGCUGUCCCUCCUCCCCCUGACUGAUGACAGGGACAAAAAGUUCCAAUGUGUAGACUCUUACAGUAUCUUUGUCAAGCCACUUUAAGUUUUCACUUUGUUUAUUUAUAUUUCAAAGCAACGGGGUAUUGCUUUAGGAGUCAGAUACCAAUAGAAUAGACAAAUGGAUUUCUAGCAGAUUUCCUCAUUGCCCACCACACACACACACACAGGCCCCAAGUGCUGGGUCUGAGCUCUACCUAUAUGGCUUCUUCCAUACAGGUGAGUCCUGUGUAAAGAGAUACAGGGAGAGCAGACCCACAUCCUUUGGUGGGAAUAGUGCCAUCUGAGCUAUUGUUGUGAUUAGGAAAUAAAUUUAAAUUUAGCAACAUUAGGGGAAAAAAAAAACACUAUCCCUAAAACCACCACUCCUUCUUCCUCAUGAUCCGCAUCACAUGAAGGGGUAAGACACUUGUCCUUCUGGGAUAUCAGAAAUGCCUUUUACUCAAGGGUCUGAAAGGGAAUUUGAGCUUGUGGCUGCAUAUAUGAGCCACAGCAAGUCCAUUCUACCCUGAGUCAAACCAGAGUCAAGCUUUACUGUGAAGACCCUCUUAAACCUCUACUAACAAUAAGGAAGACAAAAAAAAAAAAGACUAGAAAAUGGAAAAGGUUGGAAAUGUUCCAUUGUUAGAGCCAUAUUCUUUCCUUGCAGAGCAGGUGGUGGCUGUUUCCAGGAGCACCCCUCUCCUUGCUGACAUAUCUCAUGCAUCCCAGCUUUCAGAACUUUGGCACUGAACCUGGUGUGAAUCUGCUGUUUACUGAAAAUCUCCUGUGUAAAAAUCACUCAGUUACCACCUACUAAGGUCCUUAGCAGUGAAAGUUCUGGGUGGAAGAGGUUGUAGGUAUUCCAAAAGGGUCAUUUAUAUGAGAAAUGUGGAAACGGACAGAGUGAUUCUUAUUCAGUGUCGAGCCUGAAGAGUUCCUUUUCUGGUCUCUUAGCCCUCAAGUUCAGGAGCAGGUAGAUAAGGAAGAAGGGAGUGAGCAGGCACUGGGGUAAACAGGGCUUGCUUCCCAUGGGAACCUGAUGGGACAAGUUUUAGACCUCCUUGAUGAAGUCUCUCUCGAGUCUUUAGUCAGGAGAAGAGAGAAGAGAAAGCUCCUUUCUGUAGUCACAAGAAGAGCAAAAGAGAAUGGAUGGGUCACUGGGUCCUAUACAAAGCUCCUCACUUUAUGACCUCUCAACGUGGAGAAACUACACCCACGCUAAAAUGGGAGGGGGUACCUUAGAGGGCAGAUGAUUUAUUCACAAGCAGUCCUGUGCCAGGGGAUGCUGCAGAAGGCAGGUCCAGUGGACCAAAGGUUGUGCCCUUCUGCUUCCACACCAUGCCAUCCAUGCAUCAGCUGCAUCCCAUUCCUCAAGCCUGAAUUCCAUGGCCACUCUGUAGCUGCACCAUGCCUUCCCAUCACAUAGGUUGUUUCCAGAACCUCAUGGGCACAAGGUCCUGUGCUGAAAUAAGCCAUGGGUAACAAAGACAUAAGUAGGUUUGGAUGCCUCUGUGAUGACAGAAAUGUGGAAAAACCCAAAAGUUCAUUAAUAGUGACAGAUCCCCAGGUGGUGAAGCACUGGAAUGUCUAUGACUCUGCUGUUUAUUUUAAACACCAGGGCUAGAAUGAAAACUGCCCUCCAUGUAAAAGGCUCCAAAGGACAUCCCUGCAGCCUUCUCCUGUUGUCCUCUUGUUCAGGCCACCUUCAUGCCCCAGCUCAAUGUGUAUCACAUCUUUUUGCAGAAAGGUAUGGAAAGAUGGAGAGUGCCUCCACUGUCUUCAUCCCCCAUGCAUCUGCACACUCCUCCAGGCUCCACGACUUCACAGUCUGAUUGUUGUAAAUAUUGUUGUACAGUUUGUAACCGUCAAAUAACCCCAUUGUCAAAGGCUUUGCCUGCUGCGCCUUCUCACCCUUGAGAAAGGCCAGGGAAUCUAGAAGGGGCAAUCUUUCAAGGAGAGCUUCAGGGUCAUCUCUGUGUGAGACACUAUUGUAUAUUCCUGUAAGAUUGCAUUUUUAUCUAAGGAAUGAUGUUAUUUAAAAAACAAACAAAAAUCACAAAAACAAGAAUUGCAAAUAAAUUUCUUAACAAUGUCUA